AUGAGCCAAUAAGGAACAAGAAAGAAAUUGAAAUUGAAAGAAGUGAAAACCACUCAAAUAAUAGAUGUUUGGUAGGAUAAUUUUGAAAAGGAAUUGUGUGAAAUAAUCAAGCUUAUUGAAGAGUACAAAAUAAUUGCACUGGAUACAGAGUUCCCAGGAAUUUAGCAACUUCCUUAUAAAGUUUCACAUGAAAAGGAUUUUGAGUUUAAAUUAAUCAGAGAAAGUGUUAAAAACUCAAAAAUUAUUUAAAUUGGUAUAAGUUUGGCUAAUGAAGAUGGAGAAGUACCUGCAGAUAGACCUUUUACUUGGCAAUUUAAUUUCAAUUUUGAUGAAGAAAAUGACCAAAUUAAAUAAGAAUCUCUAGAUUUACUUAAAAAUGCUGGAAUUGACUUCAAAGAACUCAAAAAGAGAGGUAUUAGUAGAGAAUAAUUUUCUGAUUUAGUAUCAGAAUCAGAUAUCAUAUUAAAUGAAGAGUUAACAUGGAUUGUAUUUCACGGUGGUUUUGAUUUUGCAUAUUUAUUGUAAAUGCUUUAUGGAUCACCAAUACCAGAUAGCUCCUCUUCCUUUUAUAACCUUUUGAAGUCAUUUUUCCCUAAUGUGUAUGACGUAAAGUACUUAAUAAAAGAUUUGUAAUACAUGAAAGACAGUGGACUAAAUAAAGUUGCAUAAGAAUUGAAGGUAGAUAGAAUUGGACCUUAGCAUUAAGCAGGCAGUGAUAGUUUACUGACCCUAGGUGUUUUCUUUAAAUUGAGAGAUGAUGUGUUAUAAUAGAAGAUGAAAAAAAGUAUAAAUGUAAUUUAUGGUAUUGGUGAGGGUUUUAUUGUUAGCAAAACAAAAGACUACUUACAACAUUACAAGUUAAAGUAUCACUAAUAAUAUUAGGACAUGGAUUAUACUCAUUAAAACUUCAUGAACUAGUAAAUGCCAAAUAUGACAGACUACUUUGAAUAGAUGUUUACUAAUAUGAAUCCUUUCUAACAAUUUAGUGCUCAUAAAAUAAUUCAAAACUUAUCGAAUCAUUAAAAUAAUAUGUAGAUGGGGUACUACUCACCCUUUUUUAAUAUUAUGUAAUAAUAAGCUGAGCUAAACAUGAUGCAAGGACAUAAAAAUAUGGAUGCUAUUUAUAAAAAGAAAUAUAGCUCUGCUAAAAUGUGA